GGCAAAGACCCACCUUGGUUCUUCCAGCCGCAUGAAGCCUUUCAAUUUCACCGGCCAUCCCGUUCUUUCUCCCCGGUCCAAUGAUACUUUCUUCUAUGAUUGGAACCGGGUGGCGGUGAGAUCCUGUGACGGGGAUCCUUUUUUGGCGACGCCGACAUGCUCGAUCCCGUCACGGGUCUUCACUACCGUGGCGCGAGGGUAUUCCGCGCUGUCGUGGAGGACCUGAUGGCGAAGGGGUUGAAAAACGCCCAGAAUGUCCUCCUCGCCGGGGGUUCUUCCGGCGGGCUCGGGGUCAUGGUGCACUGUGACAGGAUGUCUGGCGACGAUUCCCCUUCCUCUCCAUCGCAUGUCAAUCAAGCUCUGGACGACAUGCGGCUCGCGAUUCAAAACCUCGCUUUGGAAAUUCGUACCUCUCGGCAGGAUCAUCAGGCGCUUGCACAACGCGUCGAUGCUCUCUUUGAACCCCGAGGGUUUAACCCUCCUACGCCUCGGGGUGGGUUUCACAUCCCCCCAACAGGUCCUCGGCGGCAUCCUCCAGGAUUCCCGCCAGAGGGUGCACACGAUGCCCUAACACCGAAAGUCCGUUUUGAUGCUCCGAAGUUUAACGGCUCUGAUCCCGCAGGGUGGGUGUUCAAGGUACAAUCCUAUUUUGAUUAUUUUCGGACCCCGGAAGAUGUGCGUCUUCGCCUGGUGGGUCUUCUCUUUGAAAGCCCGGCGUCCGACUGGUUUCUCUAUCAAUAUAACAACAAUUGCAUUACGAUGUGGCCGGCUUUCCUAGAGGCUGUGAAACAACGGUUUGAUCCUUCACACUACGAGGAUUAUAUGGGGCUUUUGUGUAAGUUGCAGCAGCGCACGUCCGUGAUUGACUAUCAAGCUGAGUUCGAACGUCUAUUAAAUAAAAUUACUGGAGUCCCGGAGGCCACGUUGGUCUCCAUCUAUGUGGCGGGUUUGCGGCAACCCACUCGGCGGGAGGUUCUUCUGCGUCGGCCUGUAACCUUGGGACAGACGUUUGCCUUGGCCAGGGAGCUCGCGGCAAACUACACAGACACUUUGGCAGCCCUCUCGGGUCCUUCUAAGCGCGCAUGGAACUCCCCAGGCGCGUCUACAUCCGGAGCUGUAUCUACCAGGGGCCACGACACCACGGCCAAAACCAACCUGGGCGUCUCUUCCGCGCCAAAUUCUACGAUCCCAGUACGCCGUUUUUCAGCAGCAGAACGUGCUGAUCGCACGGCGAAAGGGUUGUGUUGGAACUGUGACGAGAAAUAUGUCCCCGGCCACAAGUGCGCGCAUCGAUUUCUUUCCCUAUUGGAUUCAACCACUGACGCACCAGAGGAGUCCGCUGGUCCAGAGGAAGAGGAUGAGAUAUUCUUGAGUGGAGAUGUGUCCAGUAUCAACACACUCUCGGGCUCCAUCAGUCCGCGCGCUCUCAAGGUCGUGGGCACCAUCACCGGGAAUCCAGUGCAAAUCUUAAUCGACGGGGGGAGUACGCACAGUUUUAUUCAACCAUCGGUGGUCGAACGCCUCUCUCUAAACACAGCCCCGGUGACCCCUUUUCGGGUUUACGUCGGAAACGGUGAAUCUCUCCCGUGUCGACUUAUGUGCGAAUCAGUUGGGUUGGAAAUUCAGAGUUAUUCGUUCUCCGUGGAUCUCUACGUGUUACAAAUUCACGGCCCGGAUAUUGUUUUGGGUAUUCAAUGGUUGCAAGGCUUGGGGAAAAUCGGUCACGAUUACGGAGCACUUACAAUGGAAUUCCGGGCAGGAGAUCGUAUAAUUACAUUUCGGGGGGAUGGCCCGGCCAACCGCCGUAUAUCCUACAAUGCCAUGCAAGCACUGAUCCAUUCGGAGGAACUUGUUUCCGGGUUUGAACUGGAGUUUCAGGCACUUUCGGCAGACCAAGAUCGGCCUACUGCCGGGGAGUUUCCAGCGGACAUUCCGGCCCCAUUCGGGCAAUUCUUGAGGGCCAUCGUUCAAUCUUCCAGCAACCCGUUGCACUAUGCCCAGCCGCUGCCCACUAUUCUCCACCAGAUUUGCACAGAGAAUGACACAGACCCUGACCUCGUUGAAUUACAUGCAGCUGCAUCCACGGGAACUCUGCCGGCGCCUUAUAUUAUUCAUGAUGGGGUCCUUUACUACCACCAUCGCAUCUGCCUUGGGAAGAAUUCAGCUCUUAAAUCCCCUAUCUUGACGGAGUUUCAUGCCUCACCGAGCGCGGGACACCCGGGGGUUGAGCGCACAUUUCGUAGGGUGGCAGGGGUUUUCUUCUGGCCGCAUAUGCGCAGGGAUGUUCGGGCAUUUGUGGAGGCCUGCUCAACCUCCACCCCAUCGAUCUCUACGCUGCCAUCUGAGUUUCACGAAGGGGCGCCUCUGUCAGUCCCUCAACGAGCAGUCGAUACACGCAAGGUCUUGGUCCAGGGUGCCUUACAGGAGCAAUGGCUCGUCGUCUGGUCCGAUGGUAGUCUCGUCGACGCCACGUGGGAACCCGUUGACUAUUUGAAAACCCAGUAUCCGGAUUUGGUCCUUGAGGACAAGGAUGCUUUGGUCGGCGAGGCAGAUGAUACGGCCCAACAGGGGGGCGAGUUAGUGGAGCCAAACAACAGGAUGGGAAUUGAGGUUCCUAAUUACAACAACAACAACAACCCAGUUGAAUCCCACAACAGUAGGGGCUUCGAUCGUUUGCCCCCGAAAGUCUCGGAGGAGAGCCAAGUCCGCCCGGCUAACGUUGUGGUGCAUGCCGCGGUCGUGCAAGGGCAGGGAGAACGUGUUCGUGACCUGGAACGAAUCGAACGCCGAGUUCAAAAGGAAAAACGGCGAUUUGAUGUACCGAACCAGGUUUCGGGGGAAGAAACACGCCCCCGCCCCCAUUUUCGCAAUGCACCGUCUGGGCAACGCGUUGUCCGGACGGUGCAAGCUCACGACGUCGCCGAAGACGUCGUCAAGGAACACCGCACGCCGGGGGUCUCGGACGCGGAGGAAGAGCGAGCUGUCGGCGAGACACUUCACUCUCACACUCUCCGGGAAAAGGCGCCGGAAGCGGUCGCAGUGCACCAUGACGCCGAGACCGCCGGACGAACCCCCGGCGAGGAGGACGUUGCGGGCACUUCCGAGCCCUUUCGUCAUCAGCUCCUCGACGACUGCCCGGAAAAUCCUCGCCCCCCGGUAGUACAGGCCCGUGGCGGGGUCAGGCUUCUCGACAUUGCCGGAGAACGACCCCCCGUCACAGGACCUCACCACCACACGAUUCCAAUCGUGAAAAUAAGAAUCAUGGGGGUCAGGAGACAGAAAAUGAAGCCUCGAGAAAUUGUAGGGCUUCAUGUGGCGCGAAGAACCAACGUCGGUUUUCGCCCGGUUGGCACAGCUCUGAACGGCACCACCGGGAAUUUGAUGCCUGGCGGAGUUCACACACCAGCCAGCGCCUUGGAUGAAAACGACCCAGUUCGUCGCCCCUGCACGGCCUUUUCCGGCGUCCCAUUCGUAAGCCGGCGGGCUGCCGUCAAGGCAAACAGCGCCUUGGGAUACAGCGCCGGGAAGGGUACGGACGACAGAGGAGACAUUGAUUGUGUGAUGGAGGAGCAACAACAACACAACAGAGAGAAUUAUUUUGAGGAGAGAGAGAGGGGUGGUGUUUUCUGUUGCCAUACUGUGCUAGCUAGCAGCGUGAUUAUGGAUGGAGGAGAGCUAGCAAAGGCUAGUAGGUAGGUGAAUUAGAUUGAAUUGUGGGGGUUGAUGGCUUUAACUCGAUCAGGGGAAUAUGUAUAUAUACUGAGAAUAAGAGAUACUCCCUCCGUCCCGCUAUAUUCGUCCACUUUUGACUUUUGGAACUGUUCAUCUAAGCACUUUGACUCAUCAAAUUCUCUCAAUGUGUAAGCCUAAAUAUAGUCAUGUGUGAUCUUGUUUGAUUUGUCUUAACAUAUAGAUUAUUAAUAUAUAAUUUCUAUAAUUUUUUAAUAUACAAAUUACAAGAUAAAAUGGAUUAAAGAAGUGNCUAUAUUCGUCCACUUUUGACUUUUGGAACUGUUCAUCUAAGCACUUUGACUCAUCAAAUUCUCUCAAUGUGUAAGCCUAAAUAUAGUCAUGUGUGAUCUUGUUUGAUUUGUCUUAACAUAUAGAUUAUUAAUAUAUAAUUUCUAUAAUUUUUUAAUAUACAAAUUACAAGAUAAAAUGGAUUAAAGAAGUGGAUUGGAU